AUUGUAGAAAAUAAUAAUAUUGUAUCAUCUGGUGAACUGGAAAACAAAAUGGAAGAAAAUGGGCAUAAAGAGCAUCUCAUAGUGAAGCAUAGGGAGGAGUUGUUUAUGGUAUAUUUCAGCACUGUUGUGGCUGUUUGUGGCUCUUAUGCAUUUGGAACAUGUGUUGGAUAUUCAUCUCCCACACAAUUUUCUAUAAUGGAUGAACUUAGCCUCUCCUUUUCUCAGUACUCAAUUUUUGGAUCAAUAUUAACAACUGGUGCAAUGCUUGGUGCAAUCACUGGGGGACGAAUUGCAGAUUUUUUAGGCCGCAAAGGAGCGAUGAGGCUAUCAUCUGUAAUAUGUGGUGCUGGAUGGUUAGCAAUCUACCUUGCUAAGGAACCGAUGGUACUAUACUUGGGGAGAUUUUUAGCAGGCUAUAGCAUUGGUAUUAUUUCUUAUGUGGUUCCAAUGUUCGUUGGGGAAAUAUCGCCAAAUAAAUUGCGAGGAGCACUAUCCUCCACUAAUCAGUUAUCAAUCGUUAUUGGUUUGUCGACAGCCUACGUGAUGGGUGCGUUUGUGGGUUGGAGGAUACUAGCUUUACUUGGAGUUAUACCUUGUGGCCUAUUGUUUUUGGGUCUCUUCUUCAUUCCUGAAUCUCCAAGAUGGCUGGCUAUGAAUGGACAGCAAGAAGAGUUUGAAGCUGCUCUAAGAAAGCUAAGAGGAAAAGAUGCAGAUAUUUCAUAUGAAAGGUCGACAAUACAAGAGUAUUUGGACAUCCUUGAAACGCUUCCCAAAGCAACAUUUAUUAACUUAUUUGAUACAUCAAAUUAUCGCGCAGUUAUUAUUUCUGUCGGUUUGAUGGCUUUUCAGCAGUUUGUGGGAAUUAAUGGCAUUAUUUUCUAUUCAACCGAGAUUUUUAAAUCUGCAGGGUUUAAUCCCAGUCUUGGAACGAUUCUCUUUGGCAUUUUACAGGUUGGAGUAACUGCAGGAGGUGCACUUUUGAUAGAUAGAGCGGGUAGAAGACCCCUUCUAAUGAUGUCUGCCUCUGGCUUGCUUUUGGGAAGUCUACUAAUUGCAUUUUCAUUCCUUUGCAAGGCUCAUACUCUGGCACUAACUUUGGUCCCAAACCUUGCAUUUGUUGGUGUUUUGGUUUACAUAGCCUCCUUCUCAAUAGGCAUGGGGGCAGGUCCUUGGCUCAUUAUGAGUGAGGUGUUUCCUUUACAUAUAAAGGGAUUAGGUGGAGGUUUAGUUACACUCGUGAAUUGGUUUGGUUCUUGGGUUAUUUCUUACACUUUCAACUUUCUCAUGUUGUGGAGUGAACAUGGAACAUUUUUCCUAUAUGCAUUUGUUUGCUUACUUGCUAUCAUCUUCAUCUACCAAAUUGUCCCAGAAACAAAAGGAAGAAGCCUCGAGGAAAUUCAUGCUUCACUCAAUUCAUGACUCAUUGUUUCCGAAUGAAUUCUACGAUAUUAACUCUUACACCUUCAACUCAAUCGCAAAAUUUCUACAAAUUCUUCUUGUUUCUUAGCUUCCUCUAAUUUUAUUACAACUUAGUACCACGAAUCUCUA